AUGAUGUUCGUGAAAGUUGCGUCUCUUUUCGCGCUGCUCUGCGGUGUCGAUGCGCGAUCGUCGCUACUUUAUGAAACGAACUAAAUACAACUUAUACUUUUACUUAGUUUCUGGAGUUCGGUAGAACAACUGAGUGGGACUAUGAUAUUGAUUCUUCUUCUUCAUCUAAUCCGGAGCCCACCUUCAACAGCGGAAGAAGCAACCGGUCACUGGGGAGGUUUUUUUCAGCGAUAACAAGAUCUAUGGCGCAGGCGUUGGGGGAUCGCAGAGCUCCAUGGAUUGCCAGAAAGUUCCAGAGAACUACCAGCUGAGUUCCACAGAACCGAGGAUUAAGGUAAGGACUGUACUUUUUUAGUAUCCGAAUUUGUUCAUCGAUCUAUUUCCUUUUACUAGCUUACUUACUUACUUACUUUUAGGUAAGUACUUAUAUUGAUGUACUUUAGUAGUAUCCGAACUUGUUCAACAUCGAUCUAUUUACUAGCUUGGUAGUGGUAAACCCCAACAGAAUGGAUCACCACCAUCAGGUUUGCGGCACGAAUCUGAAGGUGACCUUGUAUCUAUGGAAUGACUGCGCAGCUGGUUCAGCGAAACCCUUGGAGAUUGGAUCUUGCGACAGUUCUCAGCCGGCCAGUACCUGUGAAGAAUUUGCACCUGGUUCCGACGGCGCCCCAUUGGGCAUGCAGCACUUCCUGUCCUACCAGAUCUCCAACUGCGAAGCGUAGAAAUUGGAGGCCUAAGGCGAACUUGGUCAGAGAUGAAACUGCGAAGAUCUAAAUUUUUUUUCCCUGAAUGAAUAUGAAUGACAAUGAAUAGUCAAUACGGAGUAGAAGUAGAUAUCGAAGAUACAACCAAUUAUACUUACACAGUUUAGUUAUCAUGAUUCCUUUGUCACAGAUUGCACAGACACAAGAACUACAUUUCGAUUAGCUGGAACUGAAUAUGAUGCUCAUGAACGAUACUGAUGCCUGGAUACGAAAGCUGUGUGGAGAUUAUCACUCCUCAGCCUGAUGGCAGGGGAUGUUCUUUUCUUACUUACAAUACGAUUGCUGUGUGGAGAUUGUGUGGAGGUGGAGAUUAUCACUCGUCAGCAAAGCAGUAUGACGCCACUUUUCUUACUACCUCAACGCCACCUCCUCAGCUUGAUGGCAGGGGAUGUUCUUUUCUUACUUACAACGCAGUCCUAGUCGACCCCACUCGCGG